CUCGUGUCUCUUCUCGCUGCCCCAUGUGAUAUUUUUUAUUUUUUUUGCUUCCAUCACCAGCUCCUCAUUUUCUUUUCUUCUUCUCCUUCUUCUUGUUUACGAUAUAAAAUUUUCAAUACAAGUAUACAACCAACGCAAGAAAAGAAACACUCCAAAUUCCACCACUUCUACAACUAGCAGAAACAUACGGACAAACACAGACGAGGAGGCACGAAUUCCAACACAAAAAGGGUUUGUGUCUUCUUCUACAUCAUCAAAGAGGGCUCUAGAGCCCCCUUGGGAACCAAAGCUUUGGAGCAACAAUGGAAUACCAGGCAAACUACUCCAUCUGGGAUGGGCUAUACUACCACCCACAUCUAUUUGGUGGCAUAAUGUUAACAGCUGCAUUGCUUGGUCUUUCCACAAGUUAUCUAAGUGGUUUCCCUACUAUUCCAUACAUGUUACCUUAUUUAGGAAAUCUCCAGAAGCAAAAAUCCGGAAAGAAACGUAUCCGUGUUUACAUGGAUGGGUGUUUUGAUCUUAUGCAUUAUGGUCAUGCAAAUGCUUUAAGACAAGCCAAAGCUUUAGGAGAUGAAUUGGUGGUUGGAGUUGUAAGUGAUGAGGAAAUCAUAAAGAACAAAGGUCCUCCUGUUUUAUCCAUGGAAGAAAGGUUGGCACUUGUUAGCGGAUUGAAGUGGGUUGAUGAGGUUAUUGCUAAUGCACCUUAUGCUAUUACUGAAGACUUUAUGAACAGUCUUUUUAAGGAGCAUAAGAUUGAUUAUAUCAUACAUGGAGAUGAUCCUUGUCUCCUUCCUGAUGGAAGUGAUGCAUAUGCUUUAGCAAAGAAAGUUAAUCGUUACAAACAGAUCAAAAGAACAGAAGGUGUUUCAAGCACAGACAUUGUAGGAAGGAUUCUUGCAUCCAUGGAAGAUAAAGAAGUUAAUGGAGAAAGUAAUGAAAUGAGUAGAAGAAGCAUAGAGAGUCAUUCCAAAUCCAAACAUGCAUCUAACUUUUUGCCUACAUCAAGAAGAAUUGUGCAAUUUUCAAAUGGCAAAGGGCCUGGACCGAAUGCUCGUGUUGUGUACAUUGAUGGAGCAUUUGAUCUUUUUCAUGCUGGCCAUGUUGAGAUUCUGAAGAGUGCAAGACAGCUUGGAGAUUUUCUACUAGUAGGCAUAUAUACAGAUGAAACUGUUAGCCAACAACGAGGGGCUCAUUUCCCAUUAAUGCAUUUGCAUGAACGCAGUCUCAGUGUUUUGGCUUGUCGAUAUGUUGAUGAAGUCAUCAUUGGUGCUCCCUGGGAAAUCACAAAAGACAUGAUUGCGACUUUUAACAUCUCUACGGUUGUGCAUGGAACUGUUUCCGAAAGUGAAUCUACUCUCAAUGGGAUGGUGGAUCCUUACUCGGUUCCCAAAAGCAUGGGCAUUUUCAGGAUUCUGGAAAGCCCAAAAAACAUCACAACCACUUCGGUAGCUCAAAGAAUAAAAGCCAAUCAUGAGAUAUACGAGAAGCGAAAUGAAAAGAAGGAAGCUAGUGAGAAGAAAUUUUAUGAAGAGAGGAAUCUUACCGGAGAAACAGAAAUCGCUUGCCGGAGGUCGUUGUUCGGAGUUGAGCACUCCGAUCUCCACCGCUGCUAUCUAUAUUUUGGUGAAAAAUCCGGCGGACGUGAGCACUCCUGCUUCCGGCGCUGGCUGAAUAUUUCCGGGAAAUGGUGUUGUCAAGGUUUAGUUUGA